UGACAUAGUCAUUUUGACAUUUGAAUUAGGAAAUUUUACGCUGCCCAACAAAAAGAAUUCCCAAAAAUUUUGCGAAAAAUCAAAAUAUUACACCGUAAAAACAAAACCAAACGCAAGACGACUUCCGCAACUACAAUGGAAUCUAAUAUCAGCAGGGUUCUUAAUCCAAAUCGUCAUCAACUAAGCGGAAAGCUGUGCAAGUAUACAAAUGUAAUGAAAGGUUGGCAGUAUCGAUGGUUUACGGUGGAUGCGCAAGCGGGUACCUUAAGUUAUUAUUUGUGUGAUUCAUCAAAUGACGACGGAAGCCCUCACAUUCUGGGCAAUGCACCCCGAUGUCAGAUUCAUUUGGCCGCUGCCGUGGUUUGCCCCAGUGACGAGGACUCGAAGACAUUUUCCAUUGGAUGUGCCUCAGGUGAUACAAUGAAGCUGAGAGCAGCCGAUGCCAGAGCCCGACAAGAGUGGGUCGACGGACUGCGGGCAGUCGUCGAGAGUCACACCAAGGCUAUGGACAUAAAUUCCAGCAGUCUUCCUCCCAGAGAAUUGCUAGCCGCUUCAGAUGCACUAGUUGCUGCUCGUCAAGAACUUCAACAAACAGAAUUGUGCAACGCGUCCCUUGCCAGAGCAAUUGAAAACAUUCAAGGACCAUUCUCACCUACCGACCCGGAUCUGUUGAUGUUAAAAGCAAUCUCAACUGCUAGUACGCAAUGUUUACAUCAGUGCUUAAGCCUGCUGCAGCGUCACCAAGAAAUACAGAACACACACAAUCGAAACGAAACAACCAGUGUUUGUUAAACCAUUCGGGAAAGCUCUCCGGGUUAUAUUUGAAACUAUGUUUAACUAAUUUUCCAGCACUUAGCUAUCUACUUUUCGACUCUUGCAAGCUGCACUCCUCAACUAAUUCUAACGAACAUGUACAGUCUAGUACACAAGAAAAGCCAUUAUGUGUUAUAUGAUUUUAUUUUUGGCAAAAGCAAAAUUAUUUUUUAGCUCAAAAGCAAUUGUUUAUAAAUAAAGUAUAUUUUUUAUUUGAAAUAUAAAUUUAUAGAAAUAAUUAUAUUAUGUGCCUUUGCGCGCCGAUGUUAAGGAA